AUGAAUAUGCAUCCAUAUACAUUUAAAUCAUUUGAUUCUUAUCUUGAAAUAUUUCGUAAACCAGGUGCAACAUCUAUUGAUUUAAAUUUUCAAAUGCGUACAUUUGAACCGAAUGGAGUUUUAUUUUAUACGAAUUUAUCUGAACCAAGACAGCUAAUGAUUGGAAUUAAUGAUGUACCUGAUCAAGAUUUUCUACGACUUUUUCUCGACGAAGGACAGUUAGCAUGUACAGUACAAUUAGAUGGAAAUAAACGAACUGUUCGUCAUCAUCGAGAUUAUUUAAAUGAUGGUCAAUGGCAUGAAAUAAGUCUUUUAUUAACACAAUUUCGUUUUAAUAUAACAGUUGAUUAUGAACCUGAAUUUUCAUUUACACGUAAUAAUUUAUCAACAACUGAUCGUUUUACAUUUAGUACAAAUGGUGAUCAAGUUAAUCGUGAAACAGCUAUGAAUGGUUUUGUAGGUUGUAUAAGACAAUUAGUUAUGAGUGGUAUACAAAUAUUACCAAGAGAUUUAGUAAAUAAUUUAACUGUUUUACAAUCAAAUAAUAGACCAAGAACAGGAACAGUUAUUAAUCAUGGUGUACUUGUUGAUGCUUGUGAAAUGUUUGAUCGUUGUACACCAAAUCCAUGUAGACAUGGUGGAAUAUGUCAUCAGACAUGGACAAGAUUUUAUUGCGAUUGUUCCAAUACAGGUUAUAGUGGUGCUGUUUGUCAUAUAACUGAUAUGCCAUUAUCAUGUCUCGAUUAUAAAUUAAAUCGUAUGAAAAUUGAUGAAAUAAUUCCUGAACGUUUGACAAUGAUUGAUAUUGAUGGUAGUGGUCCGUUAGCACCAUUUUCUGUUGUAUGUCGUUACGGCUCGAAAUCUGAUCAACAAAAUGUAACUGAAAUAGGUCAUUAUAAUGAAUUAGAAAGUUAUGUAUCAAGUGGUUAUCAAUUACCUGAUUCACUUUAUUCUCAAACAAUAAAUUAUCGUGUACCAUUACCACAAUUAUUUACUCUUAUUGAUCGUUCAUAUGUAUGUAAACAAUAUAUUGAAUAUACAUGUUUUAAUUCACGUUUAUUAAAUUAUCCAAAUUCACCAUAUGGUUGGUGGGUUGGUCGUACAAAUCAAACAAUGGAUUAUUGGGGUGGAAGUGAAAUAGGUACAGGCAAAUGUGCUUGUGGUUUAGAUAUGACAUGUGCUAAUCCAAAUUUAUUUUGUAAUUGUGAUUCACAAUUUACAACUGAACUUAAAGAUACAGGAUAUUUAACACGAAAAGAAUUUUUACCUGUACUUCGUAUGGAAUUUGGUGAUACAGGACCAGUUGGUUCUCAACAAUAUGGUCGAUAUCAAGUUGGUCGCCUUUAUUGUGAAGGAGAUUUACUUUAUGAUAAUGGUGUAACAUUUCGAAAAGCGGAUGCUAUUAUAACAGUACCACCAUUUGAAUCUAAAGUAGCUGGUGAUAUACGUUUUCAAUUUAAAACUGGUUUUGAUUCAGCUACAUUUGGUUCAGCUAUUAUGAUACAAAAUAUUGGUUAUGAUGAUGGAGAUCUUAUUGAAAUUCGCCUUCAAUCACCACGUGAAAUAGCAUUUCGUUAUAGUGUUGGUCGUGGAACAAAUAUUGUAACAAUUCGUGCGCCAUAUGAUUUUAAUGAUAAUGAUUGGCAUACAGUACAAAUUGAAAUCAAUCGACAAGAAGCAAGAUUAACUGUUGAUGGUUUAUCAGCUGCUAAUCCAGAAGAUCAAACUACUUUUCGACAUAUACAUUUAACAUCAAAUUUAACUAUUGGAGCAUCAGUUACGAAUCGAAAUGGUUUUGUUGGAUGUAUACGAGCAUUUCAAGUUAAUGGAGAAUUAGUUGAUUUAAAAACUCAUGCUUUACGUGGUAUGUAUGGUAUAUCACCAGAUUGUAUGGGUAAAUGUCAAAGUAAUCCAUGUUUAAACGGUGGACGUUGUAAUGAACGUUGGUCAACAUAUGAUUGUGAUUGUACAUUUACACCAUUUCGUGGACCCAUUUGUUCAACAGAAAUUGGAACACGAUUGGAAGCAAAUACAAUGAUUAAAUAUACAUUUCCUACACAAGGUAAAAAUAAUAUUUGGAAAAUCUAUAAAGUAUUUGUUUUGAUUGAAGGUGUGACUGCAACUGAAGAAGAAACAAUUCGUGUUUUAUUUACAACGUAUAAAAAACAAGGUAUAUUAAUGCAAUUAAAAUCUGAUAAAGUCGAUGAAAAAGGUAUGGUGGAUUAUUUUACUCUUGAAAUGAAUAAUAAUGGUGGUGUACGUGUUAAAUUUAAUUAUGGUUUUGAUACAUUUGAAUAUAAUGUCCCAUAUGAUUUAACUAAUGGACAAGAUCAUGAAGUUAUUGUGACACGUCGUGAGUAUGGUAAACGUAUUAUAAUUACUGUUGAUAAUUAUGAACCAUAUACUGAUGUAUUUCCUCAAACACAACAAAUUGAUAUGCAAUUUGAUAGUCCACGUGUAAUGUAUAUUGGAAGAAAUGAAACAACACCACCUGAACAGGGUUUUAGUGGUUGUAUUGCUCGAUUACAAUUCAAUCGUAUAUUUCCAUUGAAAUAUGCGUUUUUAGAAGAACGUGAUCCAAAUAUAACAUGGACAGGUGGAAGUAUUCGGGAGUGGCCAUGUGGUACAGAACCUGUAAAAUAUCUUCCUGAACCUCUUGAGAUUCCACCUGAUCGUGGAUUUUCUAUUCUUGCUUUACCACGACCAAUUUAUAUCGCCAAUAUUCGCGCUAGAAAUUUAGGUAUUAUUAUUGGUACGAUGUGUUUUCUUGCAAUAAUUAUUUCAAUUGGUCUUGGAUUAUGUUAUCAUAAAUCACGUAAAAGUGGUCACUAUAAAACAAAAGAAGAUCAAGGUGCUGAUCAAGCAAUUGAUGCUGAUGCAGCAAUAAUCAAAGGUGAUCCACGUCAUCCAGAUUUAACUGAAGCAAAAGAAUGGAUUUUUUAA